UGGCGAGUCCGAGUCGAUCUCAGAUCUGCGAUGCGAGCCCUCCACGUGCCACCUUAUUCGGGCAACCGUUGAUGUUCGCGAGCUUGAGCCCGUACUACGUCCUCUGCUCAACGGUGCUGCACGAACUCAGGCUCAUCGUGGCUCCUGGCACAUAACCCAAAUACUGCUUCUCAACACACCCGUUGCUUAUUAUGACAAAUCUGCCGGAGCCGAAGUUCACCGGGGUGCUGACACUCAGUGCGUCGUCCGUCAUUGAUGCUCCCAUCGAGAAAGUAUGGGAUGUCUUGUGUAAUUUCCAGAGCUACAGUGAAUGGAACGACUUUGUGCACGCACAAGUUAUCGUUGACGGCAAGACCAAGAAACCACUACCAGACCAGACCGCCCGCGAGGGCACGUACCUGCUUAUGGACGUACAUAUACCGCCUUCGCCCGACGCUUCGCGUCCACCAACGUCGCGACCGCUGGAGAUCAUCACCGCCGUCGACCACACAAACUACCGCGUCGCAUGGGUUAACUGCAUGCCCAAAUGGCUGGUGAAUGCCGAGCGCUGGCAGGCACUCAGUGUGGUCGAGGGUGGCAAGACCUUGUAUGAGACGCGCGAGGUCAUGGGCGGCAUCGGCGCAUACUUCAUCAAGUGGUUUAUGUUCGCGAGUCUGACGAAGGGGUUCCAGGCAGUUGCGGACGGGUUGAAGAAGAGAGCAGAGCAACUGCAGCAAUAAUGUCCUUUCCCGUCUCCGAGUCUAUGCGUCCUUUCACUUUGUGAUGUAUGCUUCAUACCAUCGCCUUCCGAUGUCACUGAGACCUCGCCUUGCUCUCUCGGUUGCUACGUGGCAUCGUCACUAACCAGAAACUCGCUAGACUCAAUUAGGUAAACAA